CCGUGGAACGACCCUCAGCUAGCUCGGGAUGACGCCCGCGCCCGCUCGUUCGAAUCCCGCGCAACGUGUUCAAGCUGCACUACAAAAGCAAUUCUUCGCGCCUUCUGCCUAGGCUUUUCAACCUGUUUCCUUUUGCACUCUCCCCCUAUUUAAUCCUUUCUUUAUUCCGCCCACACAUAGACCAAGGCGUAUCGACGACCGCAAGACGAUUGUUGUAUCCGUGAGAAGCGUACUCGGAAGGGAAGCCUGGCCUGAUGUCACGACCUACGGUGUCGAAAGCGAAGACUUCAUAUCCUAUUUUCUCCGCCUGUUUUGCGAAUAGCAAACCUUGGUACCUUGUUGUCGGUGGAGGAGGAGGAGUUGGCCGACAUGGCGUCAAGAAUAAGAUCUCGAUGUUUGACUUCAGCACGAGAGCACCAACCGUCGAAUCUUGCGCCGAAAUCGAAGCCUCCGAGGACGACUCGGUGACGUGUCUGGCGAAUUUGGCGACGAAAGAUGGGCUGAUACUAUACGCUGGUAUCAACAGCAGCGAACAAGAACGCUUGAAGGACAAGAACGAGCAUUUCCGGUCCUUCGAGGUCAAGUUCCCGAAGGCAAACAGACGGACGAGCAAUGCGCAGCAGGAUAGGAUACCGCAGGGCAACAUCUCGUUCUUGAGCAGGACUGCACUCUUCACACCUCCGGCGUCCGACAGCGGGAAGAAAGAAGGAUACCAACGUCUAGUGCGCCUAUCACCGCCACAGCGAAUCGCCCAGAGUACGCCUAAUAGGCGAAUUGGGGCCAUUGCUUCGAGCCUCGCUGGGGAUGAGAACGAGAUCGUGGUCUUUGCGGCGACGUCAAAUCGACCGGAUAAUACAAAGGACGUAAUACAACGAAUUGCGCUGCAUAAGGGCCAAGAAGCGAACGACCUGGACAUUCUGGAUCAAGGGGAAGGACGGUUCAAGGUCGCGUACUGCCUCGACUACGACAUCUUUGUUCAAGACAUACAUUAUGACUUUGGCAAGAAGAAACGCUUGGGAAAGGGAGACUUGCGCAGGAAGCUGUAUUCUGUGCCGUUCCCGGAUGUCUUCGAGAAGAAGGGACGCCCGAGGAUUCGGUGUUUGCGCUGGCUGUCUCCGUCACAUAUCCUACUCGCGGCGAACAAACCGAAUAAGUCUGGGGUCGAGCUGUUGAUCUUGAGGCUGUACGAGGAAGGUCCUGGAUCAAUUAUUUUGCGCAAGACUCUUUCCAGGCAUGCGAAGGCGUCGGUGGAUAUGGACGUCGCUCUCCUGGAUCCCGAUUCUGAUGGAGCAUAUCAGAUUGUGGUCGCUGUUGGUACGGUCGGCGAUGACGACAACGCUCUUGUCGUGAUGACGAUAGACUACCAUGGCCAGUCCCGGGCCUCGUUGAGCAGCUUCCGCUCCUUCGCUACAUAUCACGGUGUCCACGAUCUUUCAAUAACCAAAGUAGUCUUCUCACCCUUCUUCAAGCCUGAAGCGUCCCCGGGCAAGAAACCGGGACCGCAAUACCUCCGAUUAGCAUCAACUUCCCUGGGAAACACUGUCGAUGUAGAAACCUUCGAACUACAUCCCAUUUCGAAUAAGCCUAAAUCACGCUAUAUACUCCAAAGCGCGAGGUCAAGAACCUUAACAGACACAGCAAAAUACGUCGUGAUCGCCAUGAUUGUCGCAGCAAUAGCACUCAUGCUCCAAAGCUUCAUCGACCCCGAGGGCAGUCUCACCAGGGGUCUACUUCCAGAAAGCCUGCAAAAUGCUGCAAGCUACAUCAAAACCCCCGGCGAAGUAUUCAACGAAGCCCGCAAUGCCGCGCACCUCCAAGGCAGCAACUCCCCCAUAGCAAAGACCACCCAGCGUCUCCGCGACAUCCUCCACCUCCACUCCGCCACCCCUGACUCUUCCACUGAUGCCCAGCAAAAAGCAAUCAUCGUCCAUCACGACCCCGACUCAGGCGACUCCUCGCUUAGCACGGAGGUGCAUGCAGAUGCCGAGGACGUGGUUAGAAAGCACACGGAGGCGAAGCGGUGGGAGGAGCUUUCUAGUAAGGAGCAGAAGAGGUGGAAGGAGAAGCUAGUGAAUGCAGGGAUGUGGGCUGUGGAGGAGGGCGAGACGGUGCUGAAGGGGAUUUUCUUUAGUGAGGCGGCGGGGUUCGUUGGUCGGAUGGCGCAGGGUGUUAUUGCAUGAGUGUGGGAGGUGUGGUGGCCGGUCACUGGAUGGGUUCUAGCACUGCAGGGAGGUGUCUUGAAAGCUUUGGCGGGAUUGGGGCGCGAUGUGGUACUGACUUGCUGCCUUUACCGUGGAAAACGGUUUGCUGGCGCAGGUGUGGCAUGAAACUGCUCACUGCGAUGCCUGCUAGAUUGCAUUACUCCCUAGUUAUUGAUCAUAGACUGCCUGAAAGUCUUUCAACAAUAACUGGCACAGGGGAUCUUCGCGCG